AUGGCCGCUGCAAAGAAUAAAGGGCAGCCUCAGCUGCUCUUUGUGGAUGGGUCUUUUGAGGAGCUCGCCAAGGAAAUGGCCGAGUAUCUCAAGUCCGAGGAAGCCGUCCAGCUGCUGAGCAAGGACAAGGUGUCCAAGGAGGACGUGCUCGCCAAGCUGGUCGCUGCCUCGCCCGGUCUCAGCACCGUGGCCGAGAAGGAAUACACGGCCGCCUCGAACCUGCUCAUCUACCUGGUGCUGCAGUCGGCCGAGUCCAAGAAGUAUCUGCAGACUCUGUGCGGCAACCUCGCCAAGGUGCCCGUCAACUCGCCCGUCCACGGACCCGGACUGUCGCUCAACGCGCUGACGACCGUCUUCAACCUGCUUCCCGAGGAGGACGGGAUCCGCGCGCGAAUAUUCCUCGAGAUUGUCAAGUUCCUCCGAGCGCAUGGCUUGUUCGACAGCCUGCGGCCGUACCUGGACAAGCUGGGCGACUGGCUGGCGUCGUGGGACGCCGGCGAGGAGCUUGAGCGCAUGGCGUACGAGAACGUCGCCGAGGCUGCGCUGGAGGCUGGCGAGGAGGCCACCGGCUACGAGUUCAUCCUCCGCGCGCUCCGCACCUUUGACGCCGACGACAGGGACGACGUCGCGUCCGAGGACGCCCAGAGGCUGUCGCUGCGCGCCGUCAAGAUGGCCCUCCUGUCCAACACGUACUUCCUCUUCCAGGACCUGCGCUCGAUCCCCAGCGUCCAGGCCCUGGGCGACUCGCACCCCGUGUACGCGCAGCUCCUGGACAUCUUCGCCGAGCAGGACCUCGAGGACUACAACGACUUCAACGAGGAGCACGAGGGCUGGGUCGAGCAGCAGCGGCUCGACUACGGCAAGCUGCACCGCAAGAUGCGCCUGCUCACCUUUGCCAGCCUGGCCGCCGCCACGCCCAGCCGCGAGAUCGAGUACGCCAAGAUCUCCAAGGCGCUCCAGAUCCCGCUGGAGCACGUCGAGAUGUGGGUCAUUGACGUGAUCCGCGCCGGCCUCGUCGAGGGCAAGCUGUCCCAGCAGCGCAAGGAGUUCCUCGUCCACAAGGUCACGUACCGCGUCUUUGGCCAGAAGCAGUACCAGGAGCUGUCCACGCGCGUGGACCACUGGCGAGCCACCCUGCAAAACGUCCUGGCCGUCCUGCGCCAGGAGCAGGUCAGCGCCAAGGCCCAGAAGGAGCGCGAGGUCCAGGAGCUGGAGCGCAAGCUGAACAAUGCCGGCAUCGGCAACCACGGCCCCGGCGGCAACCGACGCGGCCAGAACCAGCAGUCACAGCAACGCGAGAGAACCGACAAUGACGACUGA